AUGAUGGAGAAGGUGAACCUCAGCUGCCCACCUUCCUCACCCCCCACCCUUCCUCGUUCCUCCUCCUCAUCUCCUAUCUCCUCCCCAUCCUGUGCCUCCAGUCCUCUCCAGAACAAGACUUUAGCAGCUUUGGACACCACCACCACCACCAGCCCACAUCCAGUGAACAACACACACAAUGGACACGCAGAUGUGCCCGCUGCUGCCACUGUCGGGGUGUUAGCCAAUCAGCUUUUAAACACUUCUGCAGCUGCACCUGAGACCAUUACCAUGGAGAGUGAGGAGGAGGUGGAUGAGGAGAGGCAAGAGGAACCCAGCAGCACCAUGACGCCAGCUUCUGCGAUCAGGUCCCCUACUCUCUCUUCCCCACCUCCCCUCCUCCCAGCUCCAGCCAAGACCUCUCAGUGCUCUCUGCCUGCUCCACCUUCCACCUCCUCCUCCUCCUUCUCUUCAUCCUCUCCCCUCCCACCUCACAUUCCAGUCAUCAGCCUCGGUCACAGCAAACCGCCACUCCUGCUCCCAAAUACCCCUCUGACUGCCCUCCAUCCAAUCCCCAACCUGCUGCACGGCGACCUCUGCCGCAAUCAGUUAACCUACGUGCCCGUGUCCAGUCCUGGAACCUCUGGAGGUGGGAGUGGGGGCCAUUUGGCUCACUCCCCGGGCCCCCUGAUGCCUCAGCAGUACCUGCCCGCUCACUCUUUCUUCACCAGGUCAGAUUGGACUUCUUUAAAUUCACUUAUCAGCGCUGCUCUUUGCUUUGAAACCUUGAACUUGUUGGGUGGUGGGUAAAGGGUAUUCUUAUGUUUGGCAUUUUUUAAAUUUUGGGGAUCUGAAGAAAGAAGCUAUAAAUUAUGCAAAUAAGAAGUGUUAAAAUCAGGAGACAUUAAUAAUAAUGAUAAAAGGAUAAUGCAUCAGAUUUUGUAGCGCUUUAUCAGAGACCCUCAAAGCGCUUUCCAUUGGCUACAUCAUUCAUUUGCUCACACAGUCACACCUUGGUGGUGGUAAACUACCUUAGUAUUCACAGCUGCUCUGGGGCAGACUGAUGGAAACAUGGCUGCCACGGCCUCUCCGACCACCACCACACAACACUCACAAUCAUACCCCAAAGGAAGACACACACUGGGAGCAAGGUGGGUUAAGUGUCUUGCCCAAGGACAAAACAGACGGACUCAGGAUAGGGGGGAAUCGAACCGGCAACCUUCCAGUUAUUGGACGACCGCUCCACCUCCUGAGCCACUGCCACCCAAAAAUCAGAAUUUUCGCCCUUCUUUUUUUAAAUCAUGGUUAGCAUUGUGCAUAUCCCCUCUUUCCAUGAUCUGUUUUAAGCUUUGGAAGAAUAACAUCAACAGAUGGUAGCGACAGUGAUCUCUAAUAUCUAAAUGUAUUCGACAGCCCCUCUUCUUAAUGGUCUAUUUCUGGACCAGCUAAACACUUUUCAUAAAAUUAUUUUAGGUUGAAUCCCUGAAAAAAUUCCACAAAACAUUUUCUCUUGACUGAAAAUCAUUAUUAUCUUGCAUAUCAAGUAUAAGACAACAAAUGACUGGUUUGUUUUUCCCACCUUUUGCAACAGUCUUUUUGCACAGGUGUGGAGCACUUCACCCCAAAAACACUCUUCUCACUAUACUGGUAAUAACGCUGCAGCCUCGUUGGUAACGAUGGCAAGUUUCAUAGGAAACCUCAACUGUCAGGAUUUCAUGACUUCCCUGUGUGAUUCAUCCUGCCUGUGCUGCACAGUUAUAAGAAAACUGACAGCAGGAUGUGUGCUGUUAUUAAGGAGACUUCACUUUUUCUCACCAUGAAUUUCCUAAUCAGGGUAUUCGGUUGCAAUAUGGGAGGUGCAUUAUGGGUUCUUUUUUGAGUGGGUUCAGUGCCAAAAACUUGAGGGAAUCUCUUUUUGAACCACGCACGCAGGUUUAACGACAGCUAAAUGUAGUAGCUUUAUAAACACGGCCAACAAAAAGGAGCUCUUAAAGCUGUUUUUGGGCACGUAAAGUUGGCACCUCAUAAACUUGUGAGGAAAGGCGUCUUUUCCUGAAGAAUAAAAGACCUCCCACUGUUCAUCUAUUCUCUCUUCUAAAAAAUGAUCUUCCACACGGUUUCUAUGUGGAGCAGAUGAGGAUGGGCUUUGUACAAAGUAGGACUACAUCUAUGGUUUUACCAUCUGUCAUGGAGGUCUGGGAAUAAGACCCCCCCCACACACACACACAUACACACAUACACACACUAUUUUCUGGUCUGUUGGUGGAGGGAUGCAUUGAUCUAUUGAUCAUCCACCUAAAGCAGAACAAGCUCAUAACUAGACUUAAAGAGUCCAGAGUCAAAAUCUGCAUGCACACUCAAUUACUGCUACCAACAUGAUCACACCGCAGUUAACGGCCUCCACCAUCCUCUUGAUUUCUCUGCUCAGAUGCUGGAAUGAACAUCCGAGUUUCUAAAGGGGAUUUUUCCUCUGUUGAUUGUGAAUGCAGCCAUAAAAAAAAAAAAAAAACGUUAAUUUUGUGCUGUUUUUAUCUCCAGUUCUUACCUGGGAACUUCAGCAAGAAACUAUGGCGUCAUCAACAACAGCCGGAUCAAGAGAAGACCUUCCUCACACUUUGAGAUGGACACUGGUGAAUGUGAGUUCCUGUGUUAAAAAUACAGAAUCAGACAUGAUCAAUAUUUUAAUUAUAGUUACAUAUUUUAAAAAUUUUCUCUACAGCAUUUAAAAUACAUGUUAGUACUAUAGAACAGGAGUGAUAAUAUUCUGUAUUAUCUUUUUGACCAACAAGUUGAUCUCUCUUACUCUGUGACUUUCUUUGAAUGUCUUAAACUUUCAGCUCAAUAAGGUUUAUAUUUCAAAGAACAGAGAAGCUGGAAAAAAAAAAACAUUCAUGCAAAAUUAGAUAAUAAUUCAAAAGCGAAAUAAACCUCAAAAAAGUGUCCUCUAGAAAUAACUGUUUGUUGCCCAGCCUUCACACAAUGUUUAAUCAGUAAUGGUUCAUCACCCAUACUCCACCUGUCACAUACUCAUAAUGGAAACCGUAGUUUUUUCUAAUUAUUACUCAAACAGAAACGGGUUUUAGGGAGUGGGAGGUGGUGUUGUAUUGAUACACAUUUGUUAAACUACUGCUCAUUAACUGCCUCAUUAAGUACGAAAGAGGAUUAGGGCCACAAGAAGAGGAAAAAAUAUAGGAGGGAGAUGUUUUCAUUUCCAUUUCGAGAUUUAAAUUGAAAAUUCAAGAUUAAAGUAAAAUUUUAAAAAGUCAAAAUUUCAAUUCUUUCAUUGUCUCAAAAUUUCGACUUUAUUGACAUAAUUUUGAUUUUUUUAAUCCCAAAUUUUCGACCUCAAUCUAGAAUUUUCAAUUUUACUUUCCUACUGUAACUAUUUUUUUCCUCUUCAUGUGGCCCUAAUCCUCUUUCUUACAUUAAGGCAUAAGUCUAUACAAACAGCCCAUAAUCACUGUCAUAAUAAAACGUACCGGACCAAUGGUGUUGAUGUCUCUUUAUUUGGUCAGUACGCUGUAACCUACAAGGGUCACGAUGAGGGUCUUUGAUGGGAUUUGCACAGUGAGAUGACUUUACAUCAUCUUAUUUUAUUUCUUACUUAAGUACUCAUUCAUGUGUCUCUUCCAGGCCCUCCUCAGAAACUCGCCCGCCGUGUGUUUACUAAUAGCCGUGAGCGCUGGCGGCAGCAGAAUGUGAACGGGGCUUUCUCUGAACUAAGAAAACUCAUCCCCACACACCCACCAGACAAAAAGCUCAGCAAGAAUGAAAUCCUGCGUCUGGCUGUCAAGUACAUCAACUUCUUGGUCACUCUGCUCAACGACCAGGCUCAGGACAAGAACAAAGACUUGACUGAGGAUGAGGAGAAGGAAGAAAUGACUACAGCUGGAUCAGGCAAUAAUAAGCAGAACCCUCUUUUUCAGUGUGACACUCCUCCACCUCCGCCUCCUCCACCACCACCACCAUCCUCCAUCCAUCCUACCUCAUCUACAGUCCACAGAGACAGAGACUCCACGGAUUCAGUCAUCACUUUGGCUAACUCCCCAGCUACAUCCAGUUGCUAUGGUGAUACAGACAGCGAGGACAGCUAUAGGGAGAAGACCUCUCUGGUCACAAACGGCAUUCUGGGAAAGGUCAAAGGGCAGAUGAGGACAGUGGCAGCCACGAAUGACGAGCGGUGA